AUGAGGUGGCUAAUGAUCACAUUCGCCCUAUGCUUGGGCGCAUUGGGUCCUGCUCUGGCCCAGCUCUCCGAGGUCCAGCGUGUUGGCCUGCAGGUGGCCCUGGCCGAAUUCCACCAGCACCCGCCUGUGCAGUGGGCCUUCAGGGAGACCAGCAUGGACAGGGCCACAGAAACGCCAUUCCCAGCAGGGAUCUUUGUGAGGUUGGAGUUUAAGCUCCAGCAGACAACCUGUCGGAAGAAGGACUGGAAGAAACCCGAGUGCAAAGUGAAGCCCAAUGGGCGGAAACGGAAAUGCCUGGCCUGUAUCAAACUAGGUUCUGAAGACAGAGUUCUGGGCCGGAUGGUGCACUGCCCCCUUCAGACACAGGUGCCUCGGGAACCCGAUGGCCACCAGGAACAACAGUGUUCUCGGGUAGAACGGGCUGGCGAGGACCCUCACAGCUUCUACUUCCCAGGACAGUUUGCCUUCUUCAAGGCCCUGCCCCCCAACUGA